UUCAGAAGAAGAAGAAGAAGAAAAUUCUUCCGGCUUUUGCAGCUUUGAUGCCAAAUGAUUUUGGCUAAUACCUCACAUAACCUCAGUUGUCAAACACGAGCAAGAUCAAGGAAGACGAGGAGCCCAAACAGAUAUACAGUUGAAGUCAAUCGAGUUGGUGAUAUUUGAAGCCAUGAGCUCAUAUACUAGAUCUAAAGCUGAAUUGGUAGCAGCGAUCUCUUUGGCUGUGGGGACAGCAGCCGUGGGCGCAUUAGUCUAUAAAACAUUCUUCGCCAAAGAUAAGAACUGUAAAUCCUGGGUAAACUUGGAUCUGCAGAAAGACAACCCAAAAGUGGUGCAUGCCUUUGACAUUGAGGACCUGGGAGACAAAGCGGUGUACUGCAGGUGCUGGCGGUCCAAGAAGUUUCCUCUGUGUGAUGGUGCCCACGCAAAACACAAUCAGGAGACUGGCGAUAAUGUCGGCCCCCUCAUUAUAAAACGGAAGGAGGCAUGAAGCCAUCUCUGCAAUUCCCAAAAAUUCUGCUAUACACGCACAAUGUAUUUUUGCAUAGAGAUUUAUUUUAUUGAAAUGUAACGCCAGUGAUCCAUUUGCAGUAUUUUUCCACACAUUGAUUGGUGUAGGCUUUGCCUUACAUGUGGCUGUAUUAAAAUCAAAACUACACACCAUUUGUUUUAUAGAGUUAGUUCUGGGAAUGGACUACUUUGCCAGCGCUGUUGUAUCAUCCAUGUGUAAUGCUUAUGGCAAGGGUUUCCAUUUUGUAUAAUUAACAGACAAUAUUUUGUGCGCAAAAGUAUUUUCUGCAGAUUUUGGACAUUGUUUCCCUUUGUUAAAUGCAGAUACGGUACAGAUGGAAAGCAGGAUACAGUAAUCAAUAAUUAAUAAUCCCAUCUUUGUUCUGUUUUCUGUGACCGCAGAUACAGUAUGUAUAGAAAAUAAAGUGGUUAUGUGUUGGUAUUCCACAUUUUCACAAAAUGGUUUAAGGAAUGUAAUUGCUGUAUAAUUACCAUAUUUAUUUAGUUAUUUAAGUUAUAUUAUUUUCCUGUCAACAAUAAUUGUAUUUAUUUGUUUUUUUGUUUAGUUUUUUGCUACAGAAGAUGAUUCAGAAUAAGUCAUGUGUGUGUUUAGUACAGUGGUUUUGGUCAGGGAUUAUCCUAAAAUCAGGAAAAGAGAUGGAGUGGUCUGCAACUGUGAGACAGUGUCAUUUGGAAUUUGGAGUCCCUCGUGUGAAAGUAAAAUAUGGUCUGUUUGGAGAGACUGGAUGACUGAAUCACCUUUGAUAAUAGAAAGCGUCUGAAUAAAUGCAAUGAAAAUGUUGAGUAAA